GGUGAAGGGCACGGUUUACCAGUUUAGUUUUCUGAAUUCGCCCUGGAGUCAUUCCGCCCGCUCCUGCGACUUCAGCGAGCGACUCGCCCCUUGCUCUUUCUCUUCCUGGUUGCGUGUCUAGCCUGACACUGCUUCCCCUCGCAACCAUGGCUUCCUACAAGCCCAAGAGCGUGAAGGAUGUGCCGGCGGAGGACUUCAUUAAGGCCUACGCUGCGCACCUGAAGGCCAACGAUAAGAUCCAGCUGCCCAGCUGGGUGGAUGUGGUGAAGACCGGCAAGUUCAAGGAGCUGGCCCCCUACGACCCCGACUGGUACUACGUGCGCGCUGCCUCGGUGGCCCGCAAGCUGUACAUCCGCCAGGGCAUGGGUGUCGGUCUGUUCCGCACUCAGUACGGUGGCCGCAACAAGCGCCGCGGCUCCAAGCCCGAGUUCCAGUCCAAGGCUUCUGGCGGCCUGGUUCGCCACAUCAUGAAGCAGCUGGAGGAGUGCGGCCUGAUGGAGAAGGCCCCCGAGAAGGGUCGCCGCCUGACCGCCAACGGCCAGCGCGACAUGGACCAGAUUGCCGGCCGCAUCACCGUCCAGCUGCAGGCUUUCUUCUAAGCGCGCAACAGCGCUUGAGCGGAUAAGUCCACCCGGCGGCUGCCGCGAGGCAGUAGCAGCAGCUAUGGCAGCGGCGAACGGAGCGGGAGCAGCAGCGUGAGCGGCAGCAGUGGCAGGCACUGCAAACGGGUGGAUGUGGCGGCGGCGAACGACCGGGGGGCUCUCCGGGAGGAGGCUGGCCGUGAAAUGGAACGGCUUGUAUUCGGCGCACGUGUGAUUGUGUGGGCAGCGCACCAUGCGCCCCGUCCUCGGUGCGACAGCUCAUGCUUACGGGCAGGGCUGCAAACGUGCCUCCUCCGUUGUCGAUGGAGGAGAGGACGACCUGCCAGGGUGCUGGAGGGCUGUGGUCCAUGCGUGCGUGCUCUUGGCGUGUGGGCAAUGCAAUGUGUGGCCAUGGCAGCGCGGUGAUGCUGGCCCGCGUCGGAAGAGACGUUCUAUGAGGUUAUGUGUAACACGCACACGCAAUGCUUUGGUUCACAACGUUCUCUGUUGUCAGGGUAAUACCCUGGCGUCAUGUCUACCACAGCUAUAUCG